GCCACGGGCCCCUAGCAAACGGCCCCGUGAGGUCAUCGACUUAACCGGCCUUGUCGACGUCGACGGUGACCGCCAGGCCAAAGCACCGCGCUACCCGUCUUCCUCAUAUGCCUCGCAGCCAGCUUCGUCGGCAUAUAGCAGGCAGCCAUCAGGCGCUGGCUCGUACCUACCAACGCCCCCAGCAUCAAUAUCCUACUCGGGCCCGUCAUCGUCCAAGCCAUCGCAGCCCUUGUCGCUGCAAAGUCAAUACAGCGAAUCUGGCGAGCCUGGCUACAUAGACCUCACUCAGAGCGACGAUGGCCCCAACUACGAAUGCUCAUAUUGUUGGCGUUCGGUACUACAACGGCGUGGCUUCAAUUGGUGAACUCGUCACGUGCAAGAGAGAGCCUUCCAACCAGUACGACCGAAAUGCCAUCCGAGUAGAUAAUGUUUUCGGAGUGCAGGCCGGGCAUGUGCCACGGUCUAUUGCGGCGAAACUCGCUCCUUAUCUGGAUGCCAACGACAUUACUAUUGAAGCUACCAUCUCGGGCCCCAGGAGCAUGUAUGAGUGUCCGAUUCUCAUCAGAAUCUUUGGAACAGCUGAUCCGAGUGGCCGCGACGCCUUGGAAGAGCGCCUCAAGACCGACAAGCUCUUGAAGGCCACCCAACUCAAGCACACCCGAGCGGCCAACGAGGUCCAACGGAAGACUAUGGGUCUCAAGAGUGGCAGAUCGACAUACGGGCUUGCCCUGGAUGAGCACGGGCCGCAAGUCUCCUUGGAGCAGCUGACCCAAGUCAGCCAGGCUGUGACGCUCCGCACUGGCGGAGGUAUGGUGCAGUCGUUUGCAAUAGACGAAGACCAACUCUGCAAGAUGCCACUAGCUGAACAGCCUGCUUCCCUUCGCGCUACGUUGCUUCCAUAUCAGCUGCAGGGUCUCGCUUGGCUGACGACCAAAGAAAAGCCUGAAUUCCCAGCACCGGGGUCUCCGGAUGCUGUACAGCUCUGGAAGCGUGACGCUCGAGGCCAGUACGCUAACGUAGCCACCAACUUUAAAGUUGCGACGCCUCCCGCCCUCGCCUCUGGCGGUAUACUUGCCGAUGACAUGGGAUUGGGCAAAACGGUUCAGAUUAUCAGUCUAAUCCAGACUGGCGGGCCGGGGAGUACCCUCAUUGUCGCUCCCGUUAGUGUAAUGAGCAACUGGGCACAGCAAAUCCAGCGCCACGUCUUCGAGGACAAGGUGCCGGAAGUGCUCAUUUAUCACGGAGCUUCCCGACAAUCCAUGAACAGACCACUCGGCAGUUUUGGCGUGGUUGUUACCAGCUACGGGACCUUGUCCAGCGAGACAGAUGGCGGUCCUCUGUCGAAGGUCAAGUGGCGUCGAGUCGUGUUGGACGAAGGCCACACCAUUCGCAACGCCAAAACCAAGGCCGCCCUAGCGGCCUGCCAGCUCGAAGCGGAAUCGAGAUGGGUCCUGACCGGGACGCCAAUCAUCAACAACAUUCGGGACCUCCAUUCGCUGGUCAAGUUCCUUCGCAUCAAAGGUGGGAUUGAACAAUCUGAAAUAUUCAACAUGGCCAUUGGCAGGCCUCUGGCGGAUGGCGACAAGCGUGGCGAGGCCUUGUUGCAGACUCUUAUGGCCGACAUCUGUCUCCGCCGCCGUAAGGACAUGAAGUUUGUGGACCUUAAGCUACCUGCAAAAACCGAAUACAUACACCGCAUCGCAUUUUGGGCAGACGAGAAGAAGAAAUACGACUCAUUACAUUCCGAGGCCAAAGGUGCUCUGAAGGAAUUCCAAGACAAGUCCAAACACGGACAAAAGGGGAGGUUUCAAGGCGUGCUCGAGAAGCUUUUACGCCUUCGCCAAACGUGCAAUCAUUGGACGCUGUGCAAGGAGCGCAUUUCCGACCUGCUGAAGCUUUUGGAAGACCAAGAUAUCGUUCCCUUGAAUGCUGAGAAUUGCCAAGUUCUGCAAAUGGCGCUUCAGCUUGCUAUCGAGAGCCAGGAAGAGUGCCCCGUCUGCAUGGAAUCGUUGACGAAACCGGUCAUCACACACUGCAAACACGUCUUUUGCCGCGGCUGCAUCUCCAAGGUCAUUGAAAUACAGCAAAAGUGUCCCAUGUGCCGAGCCCCGCUGUCGGAAGACAAGCUGCUCGAGCCUGCGCCAGAGGGCUCGGCCGAGGACGAAGGACAGGAUCUCGACCAGGACACCAAGAGCUCAAAGACGGAGGCGCUUCUCAAGAUCCUGCAGGCUACGAUGAAAAAGGAAGGAUCCAAGGUGAUCAUCUUCUCGCAGUGGACUUCGUUCCUCACUGUGAUCCAGCGCCAGCUCGACGAGGCGGGCUACACGUACACGCGCAUCGACGGCAGCAUGAACACGAGCCGGCGCGAUGCCGCCAUACGGGCCCUCGACCACGACCCCAACACGCGCGUCAUGCUAGCCAGCUUGUCCGUGUGCAGCGUCGGCCUAAAUCUGGUCUCAGCCGACACCGUCAUCCUCGCCGACAGCUGGUGGGCGCCGGCGAUCGAGGACCAGGCCGUGGACCGCGUCCACCGCCUCGGGCAGACGCGCCCCACCACAGUCUGGCGACUCGUCAUGGAAGGUACCGUUGAGGAGCGCGUCCUUGACGUGCAGAGCAAGAAGAGGAACCUGGUCACCCAGGCGUUCAAGGAAGAUGACAAGAAGAAGACCAAGGAGACGAGAAUAGCGGACCUAGUCAAGCUGCUCGGCUGAGGGUGCAAUUUUGGGUUGGGAAAGGGGGUGUGCAUCAAGCCGUGCAACGUCGUACACUUUGGGUCGGGUGGCUACGGGGAUG